AAACGUGACGUAAUAAAUGGCACAAACUUUUUUAACGUUUUAUUGCAAGAUGUAUAUUAAGAAUAUGAAAUAGAUAUAGAGGUAAACGAUGUGAUUGUAAAUCUUAUAAUUAGCUAGAAAAAAGUCUAUGAAGAUAUGUGCUUUCAAAUAUUCAUGAACAGUAACUUAAAAAUGUUUUAAAUAUGAAUAUAUUUUAACUGGAAAAAAAAUAUAUAUAUAUAAUUUUUAGACUGAUUAGACGAAAAAUUUGCAAUACUUUCUGCCAGUAUAUUUGUGUUAAAGUUUCUUUUUUUCUGAAGUUGUGUUGCGGUAAAUGCGUUUCUUCGUAUUUCGCUUUACUAGAAAUGCGUGUUGCGUGAUCGAUGCAUUUCUAAUAAUUAGCUUGCAUGCAAUCUAACGCGCAGAAAUAAAUACAUCGCAAGUUUGAUUUUCUUUUUGGGAUUCGAAAAAUCGCUGCGGGCCCUUACAUGUAAGGCGCCGCUUAUACACUCUUAAUUGUUGUUACGUUACUGUCCGUGAAACUUCUGCUUUCCCAGUUCGCGCUCAACAUCUCGCAGUCACAAAAGUGUCGGCUUCGUUCGCGCGUGAUUGAGUAUUCUUCAGGAGCACAGUUUCCGUUAACGAUCGCAAAAGACACUGUUCUAGGACAUUGCAGCACGUUAUCGCGACAAAAGUCAUAAUCAACAGCAGUAACAGCGAUAGUUCUGUAUCCAGUCUUUGUAUUUGCAAUAAGAGAUAUUUAUUCACUUCCGAUAUAAAUAUGGCCAUGGCAAGUUCAUCAAAGACAACAAUCGAUGAGACACCGCAAGAGAAUUAUAUUUGGAUGGAACUGAGAUUGCUGCAAUCAAUCGUGGUGCAGAGCAGGUUGGGUCAGACAGUGCUGAAACUCGUGGAUAAUUUCCUAUGGACCGCAGAGAAGUGUAUGGAAUGGAGUCUACCUAGACACGAAGUGGGCGAAGAUGAAAAUCGAAAAGAUUCGGGAAAGCCAUGUCUCGUGAGACCAUUGCCAUGGCUUUUGUUCCUGCCGAGCUUAGUGAUGCUGCGUGUAAUCAAAGUGACAAUGAAUGUAGGUGCUUUCAUAUUGGGCUAUUCUCAAAUCACAUCGAGUGGAAUGAUAAGAUUCGUGCAGAUAAGUCGUAGGUAUCUGAAUGCCGCAAUGAACAAAGGGAAAGAGAAACACGAGAUCAAGGACAAGAGACCAUCGAUGAAUGAGGCCAAGAAGGCCCUGAUCAGGUCCAUUCGUCUGACCUUGUCGAGUCUAUCCUGCCUGGAUACAUCCAAACCCUCAUUGUCACCACCGCCCACUAAAAUUCACGUUAGUAGCAUCCUCGAUCCCGAUCCAGUAACAACAUCGGAAGAAAAGUCAGUGGAUUCUACGACAAAAGUAAAAGAUUCAACGAGCGAAGCGGAGAAAGAGGAGAAGAAGGAGGAGACUUUAAAUGAGAAGCUCGAUCGACUCGCUUUGGAGAACAGCGAGGACGAUGAAGAUUUCGACCCAGCCAAAUGUUCUUUGAGCGACACGAGCGACGACGACGAUGACGAGAACAGCGACGAUGGCAACGUGUCCCCGACUGAAGUUCUCGACAUCAUUGAGGACACUAAGGCAUUCCAGAAAAGUCUGAAUCACAUCGAACAAUUUUUGAAAGCCGAACAACAGACUUCCACAUUGACUACCCACCAGGAAUUAGUCGAGCCGGUUUGCGGGAAGAGAUCGUCGGCCAAGGAGAGCCGCGAUAAGGUAGAAGAGCGCUUCGCGACUUCACGACGUAUCGAAUCGCCAGAGUGUUACACACCCGAUAGAUCCAGUCAGGAAGGCGAACCGACCUUCUACUCGCCGAUCAGCUCGGACAGUGACGCGCCGAAGGAGUGCUCGAUGUCAUCAGUUUCGGUUGCUGAACAACGUAUCCCAAGAAAAAUCUUAAAGACAAAUGUCAAUGGCGAAGCACGUUUUAUCUCAUCGUCAACAUCAACGAUUUCAGAAUCGAAAUCAUCCGGACAGAUCAAUAACGGCGCAGUAAUGGAAAAGCGCAGUACAAAUGUAAGUAAAUAUCAUAAGGGUAAGCGGAUGAGUCACGGUAAUCGCAAGAAAAAGUAGUGAAUUAAUGAAAGCAAGAGCAAGAAGAAGAAGAAGAAAAGAAAGAACAAAAUCCCUUCGAGACAAGAGAUUAUUAUCGAUGAUACAAUAUCGAACGUUAUUGAAAGUUACGCAAUUGUCGAGAAUUAAACACGAUUUCGAUUGAAAGAUAUUUAUCCGUCUCAGUCAAGAGAUAUUACAAAGAUAUCAGGUUUUCAAGACAUAUAUCCGAAUAACAGUCGAGUUUGUAAAAAAAAUCUCCAAGUCAUCGUAAUCACUUAUUUUUAAAAAUCAUUUGAUGAAUUAAAAUGCUUGCAGACGUUUCUGUUUCUCUGGGAAAUUUUAUUCGAGCUGCGACUGUCCAAAGUAUAUAGCUGGUCCAAAGUAUAACUGGUUCAAAGUACGUCGUCAUUAUCAUAUUCAUUCGAACGCAGUUGAGUUUCUUUCCAUAAUAAUGCAAUUAUAAUUUGCAUGAUGAGAUAGAAAAAGAAAUAAUAUAAUAUAUAAUUUUGAAUCGCUCGAAAUCCGUUCGUCAGUCGACACUUAUUGAUGAUAUAAUAGCAAAUUAAUUGAACGAUCACCGAUUCGCAACUCCGAAAAAUACGUAGGAUGUUCCUCAUUUAGAUGGUUUUAUCUUUUUCCGAAUCCGGUUUAACGAUAAGCUUUACGAUAGAAAGUUUGUAGGCAAGCGGAAACUGCUUCUAAAUCGCAGCGGUACGUUCAAAGUACACAAGCAUUAUCAUUUUUAGACGAAACAUCGUAUCUGUCUCGACAAUUGCGUAAUUGUGAUCAUGAAAGUUGUGUCUUCGAUAGUGCAAACGCAGCGCGUGCAAAUAUAUGGUUAAAGUUUGCGUAUUAUCUCCGGAACAUUGUUGAACUGAUUUUUUUGGACAUACUCGUUUAUUUAUAUAAUAACGUCUGUAGCAAUAAUUAUUAUAUCUUAUUAAUUGAGUAGCUCGAUAUAAAGGUAGAAAUCAACUAAAAUUCAAUUUUUAUCGACGCACAUUUGUAUCUUAUAUAACAUGCAAACUUUGAAUAUUUUCGUUAGACUAUAAAAAAAGACUAUACGUUAAUGCAGAAGUAAAAAAUACUUUAUAUCAUUUUUUAAAUCUAUUUUGUUACUCAAAGCGAAAUAAGAAGUCAUAGUACUUUCACACACUAGUUUAAAGCAUUAGCGUUAUAACGUAUGCGUUAUAGCAGUUAAAGCAUUAGCGGUAUUCAAGUUAUAAUUCUAAAAAUGUUUUCUUUAGCGGUAUAAUAAAAAUAUUUAACGUCAUCAUCCAUUUCUUUCAAAGCAAUUGUAGCAAUUGCAUUUCUCGAUUAAUGAUGAUCACAUAUCAUCGAUAAGCAAAGUGAAAUAAUUACUGUUAUACGCUUAUUCCUUAGUAGUUAUUUCGUGUGUCUGUAAUUUUGAUUACUUUUAUUUCGAUUAUCAAAAUGCAAAAUAUGCACGAAGAUCGACAACGAUGUAAUGUAUAAUUGUUAUAUUUAUAUAAUCUCUAAUUAAUAUAUUAAAUUGAAUUAUAAUUAUUGUCCUUUCUCGUAAAUGUACGAUAAUAUUUAACGGAGAUUGUUUUAUAUUAUUAUUAUUAAAUAUAGAUAUUAUUUUGAUCAUAAAUUAUGAUCGAUAAUAAAUUAUUUAAUCAUA